GGUCAGUUCUCUUUAGUGUUUGCCGAUGUUGGAAGCGUCUCCAAAGUGUCCCCGGGAACCAGUGAUAGACAAUGGCACAAGUUAAAAUGCAGACCGCAGCAAACCUCUCUGGACCUACCCUUCCCCCUCCGGUGCUACCCCCAUCAGUAACAAAUGCAAGUUCAUUGGGUCUGCAGGCCUCAAUGAAUGGAUCCAUUUCAGAAUCAGUUGCCAGCUGUAACAGUCCAACAGCUGGUCUUGUGGAUUCUGCACCUUCUAGCAACUUACCAGCUCCUCUCCAAGAUAACAUGGCAAACCCCAAAGAGAAAACUCCAAUGUGUCUGGUAAAUGAGUUAGCCCGUUUCAAUAGAGUUCAACCCCUGUAUAAGCUUCUGAAUGAAAGAGGGCCUGCUCAUGCCAAGAUGUUCACAGUGCAGCUGAAUCUUGGAGAGCAGACAUGGGAAGCGGAAGGGAGCAGUAUUAAAAAGGCUCAACAUGCUGCUGCUAGCAAAGCUUUGAACAAAACGAACCUUCCCAAACCAACUCCCAGACCACCCAAAAAUAACAUUAAUAAUAACCCAGCAGAAGCUGUUGAACUGCACGUGAAUACAUUUACUUCUGCAAGACUCACCUCUGAAGGUAAAGGCAGUAUAACUCCAACAGUGGAACUGAAUGGUCUGGCUAUGAAAAGGGGAGAGCCUGCCAUCUACAGGCCACUAGAUCCAAAGCCAAUCCCAAACUAUAGAGCAAAUUACAACUUCCGGGGCAUGUACAAUCAGAGGUAUCACUGCCCAGUGCCUAAGAUUUUUUAUGUCCAAUUGACUGUUGGCAACAGUGAGUUUUUUGGUGAAGGAAAGACUCGUCAAGCUGCUAGACACAAUGCUGCAAUGAAGGCCCUGCAAGCUCUCCAAAAUGAACCUAUCCCAGAAAAAUUACCUCAGAAUGGAGAGGCAGGAAAGGAAACGGAAGAAGAAAAAGAUGCAAACAAAUCUGAGAUCAGCAUAGUGUUUGAAAUUGCCUUGAAGCGCAACAUGCCUGUCAGUUUUGAGGUGAUUAAAGAAAGUGGCCCUCCACACAUGAAGAGCUUUGUUACUCGAGUUUCAGUAGGAGAGUUCUCUGCAGAAGGAGAAGGAAACAGUAAGAAACUUUCAAAGAAACGCGCUGCAAUGGCUGUCUUACAAGAACUGAAAAAACUUCCACCUCUUCCUGUGAUUGAAAAGCCAAAACUUUACUUUAAAAAACGCCCAAAAACAAUAUUAAAGACUGGACCAGAAUAUGGUCAAGGAAUGAACCCCAUUAGCCGCUUGGCUCAAAUCCAGCAGGCCAAAAAGGAGAAGGAGCCAGAGUAUAUUCUUCUUUCAGAGAGAGGGAUGCCUCGUCGCCGAGAGUUUGUUAUGCAGGUCAAAAUAGGCAGUGAAGUUACUACUGGAACAGGCCCCAACAAGAAAAUAGCUAAAAGAAAUGCAGCAGAAGCGAUGUUGCUACAGCUUGGUUAUAAAGCCUCCACCCCUCUUCAAGAUCAGCCAGAAAAGCCAGGGGAAAACAAAGGCUGGAAUGGCCAAAAUGUCGGGUUUCCUGAGCCAACGAGUAACACACCAAAGGGAAUUCUCCAUCUCUCACCUGAUGUUUAUCAAGAGAUGGAAGCAAGCCGCAACAAAGCAGCCCCUGGCACUACUGGAAGCUAUUUGUCAUCCAAAGAAAUGAGCCAGACUUCUAGCUCUUUCUUCAGCAUAUCUGCUACUACUAAUAGUACAGCUACAAUUGCCAGGGAACUCCUUAUGAAUGGAACAUCCCCGACUGCUGAAGCCAUAGGUCUAAAAGGAAUAUCUCCUGCUUCCCCCUGUUCUGCAGUGCAGCCUUCAAAACAGCUGGAGUAUUUGGCAAGGAUUCAAGGCUUUCAGGUAUGGGAGGAGGAAAAUGAAGCUCUUCAGCCAGAAUCAUAGCAUUGCCAUCUAGGAUUUCCCUCUUGCCCUCUAGAGUAUGACCACGCAUGCCAUUUAUCUUGUAAAAUUAGCAGGAGCUCUAAGAAAGUUUUUGGAUCCAGGAGAUUCCCCCUUACACAAUAUACAUUCUCCUCCUCUGUGUAUGUCUGUAGUACAAGUAUGGGGUUGCAGCUGUGAUUGUAGUUCAAGAAGACCUACCCAAGCCAGCUUUAAUCUAGCUAGCUCACAUACUGGAGCAGUGAAGCUGUGGCAGCAUGUGUUUCAGUGCAGGCCAGCCGUGUGAGUAAUUACCCAGGGUUCCAGGUGGGCUUGCACAGCCUGCACCGAAGUGUGCACUGCCAGGGUUUCACUUUUCCGGGACCCAAGCUAGCUAGCUAAGGAAUGUCUGCUUGAGUUGCAGUCACAACCCGUGAUUGCAGUAUAGAUAUAACCUUAGCCCAUCUUUCUCCCCAUUUGUCCUCCUUAAACAAUUAUAAACUUAAAAGAUGCUUUCCACUUCCCUUGCACUGCUUUGUGCGUCUCCUCCUCUCAGUGCUCUCCUUCUGUUCUGAUACUGGCUCUUCUCUUAGAACCUGGUCCAGCAAAGCACUUAAGCUUGUGCUUAAUGUUAAGCAUGUGAAUAAUGACAUUGAUAUCAGUGAGACUACUCACAUACAUAAAGUUAAGCACUGGUUUAAAGGCGUUGCUGGUUCGGGGGCCCUUAUGGUACUCCUUAUAAUUGGUGUUCUGCUUUCCUCUCUGCACAUGCUACAAGUAGACUGAUUGAUUGGAAGGUGUAACUUAACAGCGUGUCUGGUGUCAGAGCAGCGUAGAGUGCUCUUGAUGCCAUGGCCAGUACUAGUGAAAGAAUAACAUAGGAUUUACCAUACUGGAUCAGUUAACUAGUCCAUCAAGUCUUAUAACCUGUCUCCAGCAGUGGGCCAUACCUUAUACUUCAUAGGCCAGUAAAAAGCCUCCGUAAUGCACCUAGCCAUUUGUGCAGUGCUACAAAGAGGGGGAAGGAAGCUGCUUCCUGAUCACACUCGGAAAAAUACAUACAUAUGUGCAAUAGUAUAUUUUAAUGUGUUUCAACAUUGGAGGGUAGGACUGGCUGUCUGCUAAAAUUCCAUCGUUUUACUGUCGUGGUUUUUUUCUCAGAUUUAUGAAUUUGUUUUGUUUGAUAACUUUGUUUCAUAUGAUUUAGCUCAUGUAGUAUGAUCAUGUAUUAUCUGCUUAACUAAAU